CUUUCCUCCGGUCAUUUCCAUCGCUCUCGGAGACUCGUCGUCUGGCUUCUUUCCUCUGGCCUUUCCGUGCAAUGGUUCUUGUUGUUUUUGCAUCGUUCUAGUAGUAUGUCAGACCAAGACUCGCCGUCAGUGGGGCUCAGCUACCGACCAUCGGCCUCCACUGCCGCUUCUCACCCCGCCAUUGUUUCUGUCAACUAAGCUUCUAAGUUACUACUUCCCCCUUCGUUUACUUCUGAACGAUGCCGCCGGUGCCUCCCUCCGCCGAGCGAUGUCGGGUGGUGUGCUAUCAUCAGACCAUCUGCGCCGAUGGCCAGUAUGUCUCCAUGCUGCCGCUGAUCCAGCACAACACGGGCAUUACCCAUGUCAUCCUCGCAGCCUUCCAUCUAAACGCCGAUCCCCACCAUAUCACACUGAACAAUGAUCCGCCCGACCAUAGCAUGUACGAUAUGUUGUGGACCGAAGUGCCGCUGAUGAAGCAGCGAGGCGUCCGCAUUAUGGGGAUGCUGGGAGGCGCGGCGCAGGGUUCGUUCCGCAGCCUGGACGGGGACCUGGAGUCAUUCGAUCGCUAUUACCAACCGCUAUUGGCAACCAUUCGACGUCUCCAGCUGGACGGCAUGGACCUGGACGUGGAAGAAAAUAUGUCACUGUCGGGCAUCAUCCGACUGAUCGAUCGGCUCAAAGCCGAUCUUGGAGACGCCUUCAUCGUGACGCUGGCUCCCGUUGCGGCCGCGCUGCUGGGCAUUGGAAACCUGUCGGGAUUUGAUUACCACGACCUGGAGCAGCAGCGCGCCUCCAAGAUCAGUUGGUAUAACGCACAGUUUUACAACGGAUGGGGACCAGCCGACGAUCCGCGCAUGUAUGCGGCCAUCAUUUCACGCGGAUGGUCGCCGCAACGGGUGGUCUAUGGCCUGUUGACGAAUCCCGGCAACGGAUCCCAGGGCUACGUGCCAUUGGAGACCAUAGGGCCUAUUCUGGGUCAUCUGGUUAAAGAAUACCCAAACUUUGGCGGCGUCAUGGGCUGGGAGUAUUUCAACUCCUAUCCCGGAGGACGCGAGAAACCCUGGCAAUGGGCAGCGGUCAUGUCGCUCAGCAUGCACAUGAAAGACCUGGUGAUGGCAGCGACGGAGCUCAACAACCUGGUGGCGAGCCUUGUGCGGAAUAUGGGGAGUCGCUAGUAUCG